GUUCUCCUGAAAGCAAAAGACAUCGUGUGCUCUAAACAGUCUUUAGAUUUUCUAAAACAAAGAGAGGUUCUCUGAGAUCAUCUGCCACUGGUGUAGCCUAGGGAAUGUGAUCUGUCCAAAUUAUUUAGGUAACAUUUUUUUUCCCUGUAUUUUUUCUGUCUCCCUUCAUUCUAUUUUUUUUAUUCUCCAGCAUUUCCCUUUGCCCCAGAUCUCCCGCCAGGCCUCAUCCAGUUCACCUCGAGUCUCUUCAACUACAACAUCAUCAAGGAAGCCUUUAAACCUGAAAAAAUGUCAGGAAUCAGUCUCCAGGUCUAAGCUGCUUGAAUAAAGAGUGGACUGAUCAAGUCUACGAAGCGCCUUUGAAAGCAAAAUCUCAACCACUUCUGCGGAAAGUUGGAUAGACAGAAACCCGUGGGUGAUCUGACCAUCAUGGAGCCUGAGGACUUUGAUUCUGAGGAAAAAGAGAUGUUAAGCUGGGAUAUUAAUGAUAUGAAGCUGCCACAGAACGUGAAAAAGACCGACUGGUUCCAGGAGUGGCCAGAUUCCUACGAGAAGCACAUCUACAGCUCAGAGGACAGGAAUGCGCAGCGGCACCUGAGCAGCUGGGCCAUGCGCAACACCAACAACCACAACUCGCGCAUCCUCAAGAAGUCCUGCCUGGGCGUGGUGGUGUGCAGCCGUGACUGCUCCGCCGAGGAGGGGCGCAAGAUCUACCUGAGACCGGCCAUCUGCGACAAAGCCCGGCAGAAGCAGCAGAGGAAACGCUGUCCCAACUGCGAUGGGCCUCUCAAGCUGAUUCCUUGCCGAGGCCAUGGGGGCUUCCCGGUCACCAACUUCUGGAGGCACGAUGGACGCUUCAUAUUUUUCCAGUCAAAGGGAGAACACGAUCAUCCCAAGCCAGAAACCAAGUUGGAAGCUGAGGCAAGAAGAACAAUGAAGAGGGCACAGACGGCAUCCUCCUCUGUCUCCUUAAAGCUGAAGGGGAGCCCAGAGACAAAGUCUCUUCCAGGUGAAACACAAAGUUGGGGAAGUUUACCUUUAACUUGGUCUAUCCAGGAAGGCAUCCAAUUGCCUGGUAGUUACGGUGGACGUUUAAUAGCUAACACUCCCCGGCAGAAGUCACUCAAUGAUUCCUUAUUCUUCUCCAAGAGUUAUUGUUUGGGGGGAACCACUGAUCUGGUAGACCCUGCUUCUACCUUGGGCCCCACUAAACUCUAUGAGAAAUGCAAAUUGUCCAGUAGUUGGAUUUAUAAUGGUGGGGACCUGCUUCAUCCUGUUUCUGGAGUCUUCUCUGACUACGAUGAUCGGCAAACGUGGAAUAAAAACACUGCUUUGGGGAGAAAUUCUCUUAAUGACAAUCGUUGUCCCAAUUAUCCUUUUGCUUUGACCAGCUGGCCUUAUGAUUUCUCCCCUUCUCAGAACUCUUCAGAACCCUUUUCCCAGCAGAUUCCCGUGGAACCACCUGCAGCCGAAAGUAGCUGUCACCCACUAUGGCCAAAUCCAGGGGGUGAUCUUUACGAAGAGAAGGUGCAUGUGGAUUUUAACAGCUGCUACCCUUCCACCACAUGCCACUCACGUCAGGAAGACCCCUUUCUCCUCACCUAUCCCCCCCACCCCCACCAUCAAUAUUCAUUGACAGGCAAGAGCAGCGAGUGGGAUUUUAAUGAAGAAAUGAGGGGCAUGGGUUUGGAUCACUACAACAAUGAGAUGCUUCUAAACCUCUGUCCUUUAAGAUGAUCCAAAUAGAAAUCCUUGGACACUACUAGCAGGCAUGUGAUUUAGUGCAGACGCUGUGGAAAACAGUUACAGAGGUUCCUCAGAAAACUAAAAGUAGAACUACCAUGCGAUCCAGCUAUUUUCCUUGUAGGUGUGUAUCCACAGGAACUGAAAUCCUUAUCUCAAAGAGGCACCUGCACUCCCCUGUUCACUGCAACAUUAUUCACAAUAACCAAAGUACAGAAACAACCUAAGUGUCCAUCAACAGAUGAAUGGAUAAAGAAAAUAUGGUGUGUAUACACACACACACACACACACACACACACGCACGCACACACACACACAUAUUCAAUGGACUACUAUUCCGCCACACAAAAGCGAGAAAAUCCUACCAUUUGGAACGACAUGGAUGGACCUUGAGGGCAUUAUGCUAAGUGAAAUCAGUCAGACAGAAAAAGACAAAUACUGUAUGAUCUCACUUACACGUGGAAUAUAAAAAAAUAAAUGCAGACUCCUAGAGACAGAUCAGAUUGGUGGGGGAUGAGAGGUGGGGGGUAAAAUUCAGUGAAGGAGAUCAAAGGAUACAAACUUCCAGUUUUCAGAUAAACUAAGUUCUGGGGAUGUAAUGUACAACAUGAUGACUCUGGUUAAUAGUACCGUAUGGUUGUAUAUUGGAAAGCUGCUAAGAGAGUGGGUCUUAAAUGUUCUUAUCACAAGGGAAACAAUAUUUGUAACUAUGUGAAGCAAUGGAUAUUAAGUAAGCUUCUUGUGGUGAAAAUUUGGCGGUAAUACAUAUAUCGGGUCAUUAUGUUGUACAUCUUAAACCUAUACAAUGUUAUAUGUUAAUUGUAUCUCAAUAAAACUGGAAGAAAAGAAAAAGGUGACCCAGAUUUUUUACAACCAUUCAAAAUAACUGUUUUAGUAAAUUGCUGAAAGAAUUUAUUUGGGAAAGAGUUUUCAAAAACAUAACCACACAUAAAUCGAAAUUAUGACAACAAGCAGAAGGCACAACUUCCUUCCUCACACAAGGAAUUUGGGUCCUCCUCCAUUCCAGUCUUCCCAUGCUUAGUGAGGAACUCGUCCCGUCUGUGGAAGGAAAUGGCCUCUGCUUUUUUUUCUCCCCCCACAUUACGUGGGGUUCUCGGCACCUCUGCUGCCUUAACUGUUACAUUUUCAUUGUCCUUGAAUCCUAUCAAACAGCAGAGAUGUGAAAAGCCCACCUACCUAGGAACUCACAUAUGCCUUCUUGAAAACUGAGGAUGAAGCAACAGAGAUUAAGGGUAAAAGAGCUUCGGAGGUGUAGAAAGAUGAAGAUUCUACUACUGAGGUAUUUAACGCUUUGUCUAGUAUUGUGGGAUUCAUUCAUGAAAUAUGUGUUUUCUGGUUGAUUUCUAAGACUUGUCAAGACAAGGAGUAUGAACUAAUUGCAUCUAAGACCAUGAGCAGCAAGACUAAACAGCCACAGGAAGAAAAAUCCCCAUGGGGCCAAAUGGCCUCUUGCUCUUCUGUCCCCACUGCCUUCCCCUUCCGUGAAGGCUUAGAUUUUGUCUUAUUUACCUUUGUUUUUAUAGGGCCUAACCAGUGCCAAGUUCAUGAUACGUGCUUGAGAAAUGCUUUCUUAAAAAGUCCUUAUGUAAUUAACAUGGCCAUGGUUGGCCCCCUGUAUCUGGAUGCCAGUUCCUCUUCUUUGCUAAAGUAUUUUAUAGUGAAAGAUGAGCCUGGACAUAGAAUCUGGAAAGAACUGUGCAAUAAACGAAUAUUUUCCAAAAUUAAUUUGCAUUGCUAUUUGAAUGAUAACCAAUGGACAUAAUACAAAAUUUGGUUCCCGGUCUCCUCCUUAAGGGAAUAUUGACUCAUUUCUUGUCUGUUCUUCCAGAUAUAUAUAUAUAGAGAGAGAGAGAGAGAGACAGAGAGAGACAGAGACAGAGAGAGAGAAUCAUACCAGGUUCAUUGCUAGCAUGUCUCUUGUUAUUUGGGGACACAAUCUGGACAUCAGGUCCUUAUAAGUACAUAGGACCACAAUUGCCUCAUUUUUAAUGGUACAGAAUACAUUACAUGACUGUAUUAUAGUUAAUUUAAAUAGUCCCCUAUUAGUAGACAUUUAGAUUGGGUUGAAUCUACUUUAUUUUUUGUCCAAGUGCAUAAAACUUGCAUGUUCAGUUUAGCAGAGUUCUAAAGCAAAUUCUUAUACAAGCACUAUCCAGGUCAAGAAAUAGAACUUCCUGCUAGUUCAGUAAAUCAAGGUCCCCUGGUUGCAGCCCCUAAUCUCACCCACUUCUGAUCUUAAACCCCUUCCUGCAUCCUGAAGGUAAUUGCUGGAAUGACUUUUUAUAUUUUUACUGCCUUUUCAUGACUAUUAAAGAACAGUUUGGCUUUGUCUUUUGGGGGAACUUAACAAAUAGAAUCAUAUGGGAGACUGUAAAAAAAAGUAUUGAAAUAUAACAUACCUACAGAAGAGUGCACAAAUCAUAGUCUACAGCUCAAUAAAUCACAAGCACACACAAAUCUAGCCAUCACCUGGGUAGCAUAUAUUCUGCUCAACAUUGUGUCCGUAAGAAUCAGAUUGUUGUGUGUAGU